UUUGACAGCUCAGAGGAAUCAGGAGGAAUCAGCCCAGCAGAGUAAAACCCGAAGCUGCUUCAUUCCGCUUCUCUCCGCGUACAAACCACCAGAACAACUGUUACAGUUUAUCCGAGCUCCGGGUCCCCGCUCCGCACAUGCGUGCAGCUGUGUGACCCCCCUCUCAGCUGAGGACCCGACUUUCCGCAAACUGGAUUCCCGGAGCUCCUCGCCAUGCCUGCCCGGGUUUAGAUUCUCAAUGGAGCUCUCUAACAUGUACGAGGUCGCACCUCGACCCCUGAUGAACAGCCUGAACCAGCAGCCCUCCUCCGGUUACAGAGAUCCGGCAGAUCUUGGCGGUGAGAUCGGAGACAGCGAGACCUCCAUCGAUCUGAGCGCCUACAUCGACCCGUCAGCUUUUAACGACGACUUCCUGGCCGACCUGUUCCACCACAGCUCCCGACAGGACAAGAUCAAGAUGAUGAACGGGGAGUAUGACCCGGUGACAUGCGGCCCGGGGCCGCAGCAGCUCUACAUGUCCAACUACAUGGAGUCUAAGAUGGAGCCGCUUUACGAGCACAACCCGCCACGCAUCCGACCGGUGGCGAUCAAGCAGGAGCCCCGGGAUGACGAGGACCUGAACCCGGGCAUGCCCCCCACCUACCACCACCCGCACCCGCACCCACACCCCCAGCAGUACUCCCAGCAGCAGCAGCAGAUGCCGCACCUCCAGUACCAGAUUGCGCACUGCGCGCAGACCACCAUGCACCUCCAGCCAGGACACCCUACACCCCCGCCGACCCCGGUGCCCAGCCCACACCAACAUCAACACCAGCACCCGCACCAGCACUCGCAGCAGGGCGGCAUGAAGCUGCUAGAUCAGCAGAGGGGAGGCGGGAAAGCCAAGAAGCACGUCGACAAGAACAGCCCGGAGUACCGGCUGAGGCGCGAGCGCAACAACGUGGCCGUGCGCAAGAGCAGGGACAAGGCCAAGAUGCGCAACAUGGAGACGCAGCAGAAGGUGGUGGAGCUGACCACCGACAACGAGAGACUGAGGCGCAGGGUGGAGCACCUGACCCGCGAGCUGGACACGUUACGGGGCAUCUUCAGACAGCUGCCGGACGGUUCCUUCAAACCCAUGGGCAGCUGAGAGAGCACGGAGCCGGACCGGGAGCGGACUGGAGAUGGACUGCUACACUGCUGGAUUUAUACACACAGCUGGUUGCGCUCGUCCGGACAGAGUGAGAGCGGAGAGGAGACUGAGGCAGCUGCGCUGUUCACAGCGAAAACAUCUGACUGAACGGAGUCCUCACAUUCACACUUUCUCCUCAAAGUUUCUCCGUGAAAACACCGACCAAAGUGCAAACAGACAUUUUCAGACUUUAUGUAGAAAACAAAGUAAACUUGAAGCCACUUUGGUUUUUAUUGUUUCAGGAAUUUGCUCCAAGAAACAGGACCGAUGAGCUUUUCCUGGAAGCAGGUGAAUUCCUCUCACCAUCCUCUCACUGACCGAGAAAGACUCGCGCUCACCUGCAGGAGAAAGCGUGACUCGUUCAGUCGUUUUCUUUUUCUUUCUUUUUUUUUUUUCCUGCAGUGUUCAUGUGCCUUUUAAAACUUUUGUGCAAAAGCCGAUAAGCUCGUCCCCCCUCCCCCUGCAGAUCCACACAACAGAGGACUGGCUGUUUGGUGCCUUAUCCCCGUACAGACUGAGAGACUCGACCCCACAUAUCAGUGCAGCUAAGGUAGGGCACGGCGGUGACGAGCCCGGACCAGCCUCCUGUGCACGUAGUUCCUCAAUGAUUUUGGUUUGUUUUAUACAAAGUUACGAACUUGUCUUAGACCUAUGAAACUUGUAUGUAUGUUUAUUUCCAUGGUAUAACUGCAUGGAUUUGUGCUCAUUUUCUCCUGUUUGUCCUCGGAGGAGGCGCGCGGGGCUGUCUCAUAAUCUGAUCACGUGAUACAAACUUCACCCCUGUGAGAUAAAACAAAUCUGAGAAAAAAAAAACAACUCAGUUUUUUAGGUUUUUGUUCACUGACACACUGUGAACCACAAUACUGAAAGCUCGUAUCUCCACUGUUUAGGCUUAGGGAGUAAAAUAAUCAGGACAAAAUCAAUAAAUCAUAUUUUAAAGUGCCAUAAGAAAAAGGCACAAAAGCAUUUUUUUUAUUUCCCUGAAGCUGAAGAAGGUGGAGAUACAAGUUUGUUCCUCCUGAGAUGGCCCAGCCCUGCCUCGGCUGACCGAACGCCAAAGUAAAACACAAACUUUAAAACAGAAAAAAAAAAACAACUGGAAUUGAAACUGUGGUACCUGCUGCAUCACGUCUCAGGGAAAACACGUAUCUGCAGAAGAAGCAGCUGGUUUGAUGGGACUCUGCAGAAACGCGGGUUCUCUGGAGACACUGAAGCAGCUCUUUGUAUGCACUAUUUGUGGAAGCACAGCUCUGCUGGGACACUCGAUGGGUACUGAUCUGAGCAGAGAAACACACCUGACUCUGUGCACAUACCUGUUUUUAAUGUUUUUGGUCAUUCAGAGAAACAAAGAAAUGUGAACAGGGUUUCUAUGCAACAUGUUAUCUCCUUCCUCUUCCCACUGGUGAAUCAUCGCUCAUGCAGCAGUGCCUUCUGAUCCUCUGAGAUGACCUUUGACCUCUCGUUGUUCUGUUGAAAAAGAUUUUUAGACAUUUGUGUGUCAGUGAGGAAGAAGGAAGCUCUAUUUUCUGUUCUUUUUUUUACAAACUCUGAUGUUAAACCAACUUUUGUUUCAAAUUUUACGUCUCAAUUGUAAAAUAAGCAUAUAUAUAUGAAUAAAUAUAUAUAUAUAAAAUACCAAAAAAUCUGAACUAUAAUAAAAGAUGCUCGUUUUAUCAGA